UGAUCAAGUGAGUAGUUCACCAUCUCUUCCGCGAGCGCAUCCUUGCUUGCCCUCGUGCGUGGCUGCGAUGCCGUGAUUACCGGAGUCCCGCGCGCUCGCUCUGUUGUGACAGUGGUGAUAUUGUUUAUGGAGGUUGGUGUCAGGGCUAAUUAGCAAUUGAUAUGGAAAAUGGUUUAGAGCUACGUCUCUGACGUCAGCGUCGAUUAGCGUUUCUUAUUGGUCCCCAAACUGCAUGCUCCCAGGCCGUGGAUUCCUCGCGGAAGGGAAAGGAGGUGGGAGGCCUUGUGUUGACAAAGUGGGGGGAAAAUCUUCUGCGCUCACGCGCCUCUCCUUCAUUCCGAGCGCGGCAUGUCCACGUCCUGUCCGCUGCUCGUGCCGCUGCUGCCGCACGCGCUCUGAGUUCACGACGGCCGAGCCGAGCCGAGCCGAGCGCCCCACUGUCCUCCAGCCGCCGCUGGUGGAAAAUGAUGGACAGCCGGAUACUCGAGCACUCCCACGCGCCUUUUGGGGGCUCCCUGGGCGGCAUGGUCGGGAUGGGGUUCUCCUACCACUUGGGUCAUCACCACCACGUUUACGACCUGGCCGGGCACCAGCUACCCUCGGGCGCCGCCGUUCCCUUCUCCAUAGACGGAUUACUGAACGGCUCCUGCUCGGCGUCUGUGAACAACACAAACCCGCUCUUAUCGUCCGGCUGCGGCGGUUUAAACGGAGACAAUCAUCACUACAAGCUCUCAGACUCAGGAGACCCGGAGAAGGACAGUCCGGGCUGCAAGCGGAGACGCACGCGCACUAACUUCACCGGCUGGCAACUCGAGGAGCUGGAGAAGGCCUUUACGGAGAGCCACUACCCCGAUGUGUUCAUGCGCGAGGCCCUGGCGCUGCGCCUCGACCUCGUAGAGUCGCGAGUCCAGGUGUGGUUCCAGAACCGCCGGGCGAAGUGGCGUAAGAAGGAGAACACGAAGAAGGGUCCGGGCCGCCCGGCGCACAACGCCCACCCGACCAGCUGCAGCGGCGAGCCCAUGGACCCCGAGGAGAUCGCCCGGCGCGAGCUGGAGCGUCUGGAGAAGCGGCGGCGCAAGCAGGAACGCAAGCUGCUCCGCGCCGCCAACGCCAACGGAGGAGGAGGGGCCUCAGGGAGCGCGAGCGGCAAGCUGGACGGCCUCGGAGCGCUCGACCCGCUGCUGUACACGCCGGGGUCGGACAGCGAUAGCGGAGUCUCGCACAGCACCACGGACGGAGAGGCCACCCCGACCCACACCCACAGCCACACCCAGCGGAGCGUCGCCACGGCGACCGGCACACCCGCCCACCACCACCACCACCCUCCUACCAAUCAGCACCAGCAGGGGCACCAGAGGAAGGCAGGGGCGGGGUCGGAGGCGGGGCUUCGCGUGGCCAAGCCCAGCCCAUUUAGCGUGGAGUCGCUGCUCUCGGACACGCCUCCCAGGCGCAGGGCGGGGCCAGCGGGGGCGGGGUCAGCGGAGGUCCCGGCGGCGGCACGCAACGGGGCGCUCGUGGGCAAGGGUCACUUCCUGCUCUACCCCAUCACCCAGCCUCUGGGCUUCCUGGUUCCGCAGACGUCCGCUAGAACCGCGCCGGCGCCGCCGCCUGCCGCACAGCGGGCGAACGGAACCGUGUGCCAAACGGAACCCGUAGGUGCCGCGUGCCCAGAGCUGCGGGACGGCGACUCGCCCAGUCGGACAUCGCCUGGCAUCGCCACGGAGACGGACACAUCGCCGGCACUGAAGCCUCCGCCCUGCCCCGCGUCCCCCCCGACCCCCCGACCAGCACUAUCGCCUGCCAUCGCCACGGAGACGGACCCCACGCGGCUAACCCGUGCGUCCCCAAACCCGUCCGAGGGUUCCGCCCGCACCACGGACACCAGCAGCAGCCCCAGCACAGACGAAGAACGGCCCGACGGAACCGAGUUCUUGCAGAAACGGCACCGGGACUGACUCGUAGAACCGCAGCAAGAGAAAGAGAGAAAGACAGAGAGAGAGAGAGAGAGAUCUUAAACAUUCCCAAAGCUGAAGCUGAACUGCUGACUGUUUUUUAUUUUUUUUGAAAAGAAAACCCUCGCCAGCUCAAUUCUUACUCUUUUUAAAGGAUGGAGAGUCUGGGGAGGGAAAGAUUUAUUGUUUUGGGUUCUAAAGGAACAGCAAAAACAACGGGAAUCCUCAAACGCUGUACAGACAUCAAAGAGUUCAAACCUAUUUAUAUAUGUAACUUUUUGGAUAAUAAAACAUAUUGUUAAAUAUACCAA